GUCUUCGUUACGUAAACAACGGGCAGGAAUUAUAAAAAAAUUACACGAGAUUUUCAAUGCCGAUUAAAAUGUGACUGCGAGAUAUUCUUGAAUGUGUAACCGAUUGUUCAUGUAUACAAAAUAAUUUAAAAUUUUAACUUGUUUUUGUGACAGUGAUGUGUAUCGUUAAAAACAUUAAAUUGAAAGGUCGAUAUUUUUUAGACUGAUUCAGAACAACUCCACCACAAUGGCUAGAGAAUCUAAGGAGCUAAUAUGGGAUUAUCUCAUUUUUGUUUUUAUGAUAGUAGCAACAACCUCGUUUGCUAUAUAUUCAAAGUUCUGUGGAGCUAAGGAAAAGACAAAAGCAGAUUAUGUGUUUGCAGUAGGAAAAGUAUCGAUAUUUAAUAUGAUGUUGAGUAUAGCCCGAGGGAAUUUGGGAGUGAGAUCUAUAAUUGGUUAUCCCGCAGAACUAUUUUACAGAGGAGCCACCAUGUGGGAAUCUUUAUACGGAACCCUCCUAGCGUACCCAAUAGUGUGUUUCGUAUUCGUACCCAUGUAUUUCAAUUUGGGUAUAACUUCAGUUUACCAAUAUUUGGACUUGCGGUUUAAAUCGCGGUUGGUGAGGUGUUUGGCCUCAGGAACUUUUAUAUUAAGACAGUUUUUAUUGCAAGGAGUCACUGUGUUUACACCAUGCGUCGCUUUAAAAGCGGUUUGUGGACUUCCUUACUGGGUGUCAAUUUGUGGUAUAGGAGCAAUUAGCAUGGUUUUUAAUAUACUGGGUGGUCUAAAGGCUGCUAUUUGGGUGGAUGCAUUACAAAGUGUGAUAACUAUCCUCGUAAGUGUAGCUAUAAUAAUAUGUGGUGCUCUAGAAGCCGGUGGAAUUGGACGGGUGAUUGAAAUAAACAAAAUGGACGGCAGACUGGAAUUCUUUAAUUUUGAUCCGGACCCAACAGUACGUGUUACAACAAUUUCCGCAGUAUUUGGAAACUUAUUUAUGUCACUUUCUAUUCUUGGUUGCCAGCAAAGUUUUGUUCAACGAUAUCUCAGUAUGGGAUCUCAGCAACAGGUAACAAAGGUCCUAAUGUAUAACAUUCCGGUAAUAACAGUCCUAUUCAGUUUAGCUUGGGUUGUGGGCAUGGUGAUUUAUGCUGUGUAUGAGAAUUGUGAUCCUCUGUCUUACGGUUACAUCAAAAACUUGGAUGAAAUCCUUCCAUUUUACGUCGGAGAUCGAUUCAGCUUUUUUCCAGGAUUAUUAGGAUUAUUUAUGGCAACUCUUUUCAACGGAGCACUUAGUUUAAACGUUUCAAUUAUAAACUCAUUAGCCACGGUAACAUAUGAGGAUUUUCUUAAACCGAUUCCAGCUUUCAAAGGACUAAAAGAUUACUACGAGCUUUGGACAAUUAAGUUUAUUAGUGUAGCAUAUGGAUUUAUAAUUAUUGGAAUGAGCUUUUUAGUUAGCAUGAUCGAUGGAGUUAUAGAAGCGUCUAUGUUGGUUACUUCGGUAACGUCUGGACCCUUAUUGGGAGUAUUUUUGCUGGCUAUGUUAAUACCUGUGGCUAAUGGAAAGGGUGCAGCUUUUGGUAUAAUCCUUGGGCAUUUAGUUACAUUUUGGAUUGCCAUCGGAGCAUUUAUUAUAGACAAACCUCCAACACCUUACUUACCGUUAAACACAGAUGGUUGCAAUGAAACGUUUUUUAGCGACCACGUCAAAAGGCCAAGUGAUAUUAGUUUUAACGUUACCACAUUUAACUUAGUGAAAAAUAGCUACACGGAGACUAUUCAGGAAGAAGUUAGUAAUAAUAAGAACCCUUUAUAUCUGCUUUAUUCAGUAACAUAUAUGUACUACACGUGCAUUGGAUGUCUAAUAACAGUGUUAGUUGGCACUCUGGUAUCAUAUAUCACAAAGAGUAAACUCGACAAUUGCGAUGAAGAUUUGAUUCAUCCUUGGAUUUGGAGAAUGAAAAAUUUGUGUCGCAGGGGCAAAAGUUUUGAAUUACAAAACAUUAAUGAUAAAAAAACAAAAAAUGAUAACGUAAAUUAAGGAUAAAAGAGACUGAUAUCCAGUAUAUUUUUAUUUUAUUUGUAACAAAUAGGUUAUAAUUUUUUACGGAUUGAAAUAUAUUUUUUAUUGUUUUA